CGGUGUUUGUGUUCUCUCAUGGGACGUCAUUACCAUAAUGAUGACGUCAUGAGCAAACCAUUCACCACACAGAAAUGGCAGCCCGAAGGCAGCAGGAGAUGGCGGGCGUCUCGGGUGGCGAAAAUUCGCAGUUCCACUUCAUUGUUCCUCUAAACGUGGGAGGCCACCACUACACCAGCACCCUGCCGGUACUGCGCAAGUUCGAGGAGUCCAUGUUGGCGGCCAUGUUUAGUGGCCGCCAUCUUGUCGUCAAGGACGAAGAAGGUCGUUACUUCAUCGAACGAGAUGGCGCCAACUUCGGCCACAUCCUGAACUUCCUCCGAGAUAGUCAACUGCCUCCUUCCGAAAAGGUUAAGGAAGUCUACAAGGAGGCGCUGUACUACGGAAUCAAGCCUCUUGCCGACAUCCUUGGCCGGCACAGGUCCAUCUUCGAAGAGGAAGAAGUCGCCAAGUUCGUCGACCAGUGCCCCAACGCCCAAGACAAGGCCGAAGAAAUCGCCUCUCUCCUCAAGAAGAAGUUCGUCGACACCUUGAGCACGAAAGGCCGCGUGGUAUUGCAGUUUGUUCAGGACUUGUCGUGGGAGUCCGUUCACCGUAACACGGUCACGGGAAAAGCCAUCGGAAACUACUACAUCCCCUACGACUUCCAACAGGACAAGAGCCACGAGCAUCACAAGUGUCCUCUGCCUGAGAUAUCCAUGGGAGAGAUGUCCGAGUCCGACAGGGUGAAGACGCUGAACUUCUUCGGGAACUACUUCGGGAAGCUGGGGUACAAGAUGGAGGUUACCCCCGGGGAGUGUGGGGAGGAAGUGUGGUCACAGAGGAUCACCUUUCCCGGGGACGGCCUGAACUCUAUCAACAUCCACUGCUCCAAGAAAAUCUACUCACUCGACUUUUCCUAGACAGGACAAUAACCUCCUUGGACAGGCAAAACGACAGCUUAGAUAUUGUACACUCCCGCUAUUAGGCCACACUGAUUUAAUGUAAUGUUAUGACAUCCUCUAGAGCCCGCAAGACUAAUGUGCGAGGGCGAAAAAAAUCCAGUGCGCGCUUAUUAUAAGCACAUUGUAUCUAUAAAUACAGCAUCACUUGGUGAAUAGUCUCUCAUGUCAUCUCUCUUCAUACCACCUAAAUUGCUCAUUGGACCAUCAAAAGUUUCCUUUCUGAAAGCAAGCCAGCAUACUUAAUCUAAUGUUGUAAUUACGUCAUUACGUAAAGGGUGAAAUGUAAAGGCUUUAUGUAUUUUGAGGAUAACUGACUAUGUAGAAUUUGAAUGAAAAACGUCUUGGGAUAUUCUUUGUAGUGAAAUCACAUGCUUUUUAGAGAUCAUAGUUUGACAUUUGUUGGGAAGUCAGCUGAGGAUGCACUUAUUUCUAAGAGUGUUGGGAAAACAAUGUUAUGGUCACGCAGUAAUUCUUGUACUGCUACACUAUAUAAUUUAUUUGCCUUUGUGAAAGUAAUCUUUGUUAUAUUGAUGAAUAAUAAAGAGGGACGAAAGUUUUUUAAAAU